AUGAUGCGCCUCCGACGCUACCGAUUGUUCCUACUAGUGGCUGUUGUCGCAAUUGUGUCAGUUUACCAUCUGACGCGCAACAGUCACUGGGAGAACCCAGCUCUUGAGGCUCUCGUAGGAUUGAAGAACAAUCACGCUACCAAACAAAUUGCUCCAAGCACAGACUCAGCGGCGCAACCCUUUCCUGUCCCAGCUCCAGCCCCUGCCCCAGAACAGCUCGCUGAGCCUCGAGUACAGCUGGCCCAUCCUGCCCUACCACCGAUCGAGUUCCAGGAAGCUGUUCCGCUACCUCCACCUCUACCGGAAACCACUUCGUUGGUGUCGAGUCCUUCGCCCAAUGCACGGCCUACAGUGACCAAAGAAGAGUUGCUCGGCAAACAACCGAGUGAAGAUGAAAAAGCUGGUAGACAUGGUCAAAGCUGGCAUGAGGUCAAACCUCGGCCCGUAGAGUCAGGGAGAGCAUAUUGGACACAACAAGAGGAACAUUUCCCUGUGCCUUUGGAGAAUUUGAUUCUGCUCCCAAGCGGCGAGCCGAAAGCUCUGCCCAAAGUACAGUACAAGUUUGGCAGGGAAGAGCCUUCGAAAAAGAGAGAUCGACUCCGAAAACAGAAUGCGAUCCGCGAGGCGUUCAAGCAUGCUUGGUUCGGCUACAAGAAUUAUUCACUCCCUCACGAUGAGCUCAAGCCCAUAUCGAAAGACGUGGGGGAUCCGUUCAAUGGAUGGGGUGCUACCCUGGUGGACUCGCUCGACACCCUCUGGAUCAUGGGAUUGCGCGAUGAGUUCCACGAGGCCGUGGCCGCCGUGGGCAGAAUCAACUUCAAGACUUCUCCAAGAAAGGAUAUACCACUCUUUGAGACGACAAUCCGGUAUCUCGGUGGACUGAUUGCAGCUUACGAUCUAAGCUCAGGCCAGUAUCCCGUCUUGCUUGAUAAAGCGGUCGAGCUCGCCGACAUUCUGAUGGGAGCCUUCGAUACGCCCAACAGAAUGCCUGCAGUUUUCUAUAACUGGGCUCCCUCCUCUGCGUCGCGCCCACACAGGGCCAGUGAGCACACAGUACUGGCAGAAUUAGGGUCCCUCGCGGUCGAAUUCACCAGGCUAGCUCAGAUUACCCGAGAGCCCAAGUAUUAUGAUGCGAUCGCACGGGUCACGAAUGCCCUAGAGGAGUGGCAGAUGAAAACGACUUUUCCAGGUCUUUGGCCGCUGAAGCUGGACGCAUCUGGCUGUAGAAAGUCCGAAGCUGUUUCAAGAUCGGCAGCUGACGCCGAUGAUGAAGGAUCCGAGGCCGCCGCCUCUGAAGGGCCGAAAGAUGGCGGCGAAGAGUUGCUCGCGGUGGAGGAAUUAGUCACGGACAAUCGGCGCAACCCCGACGAGAAUCCUUCGACGGUGUUGACUAAGCGACAGCAGUUUUCAUCCUUGCCCCCAAACAAAGAAUCCGCGCAGAAAGAUAGCAAAGUGACUGCAGGAAGAGAGAAGUUCACGCCACUGAUCGAUUCAGAAUGGGAUGAAGGGGAUGACGGUGUUAAUUGUGAAUCCCAAGGUCUGAGCACUGAGCCGGAUUCCACCACCCACACCUACGGCAUUGGCUCGAUGGCCGACUCCACCUACGAAUACUUUCCGAAGGAAUAUGCACUGCUUGGCGGGCUGAACCAGCAGUACAAGAAUCUUUAUCUGGAUGCCAUGGAGAUUGUCCGAGAGGAACUGCUGUUCCGACCGAUGACGAAGGAGAACCAUGAUAUCUUGUUCCUAGCAAAGCAAAAAAUCUCCCCUCAAGCUAAGGAUCCUGCUAAGAGAAAGGUCACAAUAUACGAAGGCACGCACCUGGGAUGUUUCGCAGGCGGCAUGUUUGGUCUAGGGUCUAAGCUAUUCAACAUUCCUUCAGACAUGGCUAUUGCAGAGAGGCUCACUGACGCAUGUGUUUGGGCUUACGCAUCCACACCUGUAGGUGUCAUGGCUGAAGAAUUCGAGCUUGUGCCCUGCGAUAGUUUGGCUGCGUGCAAGUGGAAUGAAACCAGAUGGUAUGAAGCGCUGGACCCGAAGCUUGAGGAGAGAACGCAGGCGGUAGAGACUUACAAUAUAAACCAGCAAAGGCUAUAUGAACAAUCGAUGGCUGCCGUGGCCGAUGUGAUGGAUAGUGAGGAUGAUUCUGUGGAUUCGCUGAUGAUCUCAGACCCAAGCUUGAACAAGAGAGGCACGCCGACAGAUUUCGAAGAGGAGGAAAGAACAGAGACAAUGAUCUCGGACGGUGCCGGUACACAUGCAGAAGGACUGAGCCCCAAGCUAUUCAAGCCGCGGGUUGCUCUGUCACACGAAAAAUAUGUUGCGGCCAAAAUCCAGGAAGAGCGACUGCCUCCAGGAUAUACACGGAUCAAGGCACGCGAUUACCGACUCCGACCCGAGGCCAUCGAGUCGGUAUUCAUCAUGUACCGCCUGACAGGAGACGAGACGUGGAGAGACAAGGGAUGGGCCAUGUUUGACGCGGUCGACAAAGCGACGAAGACGGAGAUUGCCAACGCCGGCAUCAGGGAUGUGACUAGCCAGUUGAUGGAGCAGCAAGACACGAUGGAAUCCUUCUGGCUCGCAGAGACGUUGAAGUAUUAUUAUCUCUUGUUCAGCGAACCGGACCUGAUCAGCCUGGAUGACUAUGUUUUGUAA